GUAACAAAAUCACUCUCCUCCCCUCUCUCUCAAAAUCAAAGCUCUUCACUCUCCUGUUCUCUUCUCUACCUAUGCGCCUCUCGUCUUCCGGGAAGCUCCUCACGCCUCCUUCACCUGAAAAUGGUGUCCGACAAAGGCAAGCAGCCCGCCGGGAAGUCCUCCGGCAAGCGCAAGGUCGAUGACGACAAGACCGGCGGCGCCAAGAAGCGGAGGAAUCGCGGCGUCCUCCAGUUCUUCGAGGAUGCUGCUGUCGCCUCCGACGGCGACUACUCCAGUGGCGACAGCAUUUUCGAUGACGAUUUUUUUGAAGAAGAAGAGUAUGAUUUGGGGACAAACGAUAAGAAUGAUCAGUCUAAAUCCCACAGCCUCCCUGUUUUCCCCAAAGAGGAGGAGUUUGAAGAAGAAUUUGACAAAAUGAUGGAAGAGCGUUACAAGAAUGCUUCUGCAUUCUUGAGGUUUGCUGAGGACGAACCUGAUCUUAGAAGAUUUGUGGAAGAAGAUGCUUCCAUACCCUCCAUUAAGGAUCCAACCACUUGGAAAGUGAAGUGUGCGGUUGGUCGGGAGCGGAAUUCAGCCUUUUGCCUCAUGCAGAAGUACGUUGAUCUGCAAGCCCUGGGUAAGAAACUGCAGAUAAUAUCUGCUUAUGCUGUUGAGCACAUGAAAGGCCACUUCUUCGUCGAAGCCGAGAAACAAUCUGAAGUGAUUGAGGCCUGCAAGGGGCUCUGUAGUAUAUAUACUACUCGAGUAACACCGGUCCCCAGAAGUCAGGUUCCUCACUUGCUAAAUGUGCGGAGCAGACGUGCUGAAAUUUCUGUGGGCAUGUGGGCCCGUGUGAAAAAUGGCACAUACAAAGGAGACCUUGCACAGGUAGUUGCUGUGAAUGAUGCAAAAAGAAGGGUAACAGUGAAAUUGAUUCCAAGGAUUGAUCUGCAAGCAUUGGCGCAAAAAUUUGGCGGGGGAGUCUCUUUGAAGAGAACUGGCAAGAAAACUGGUGCUCCAGCACCCAAAUUAAUUAGCGCAAUUGAGCUCGAUGAGUUUCGUCCUCUGAUCGAAAAGAGACGUGACCGGGAUACUGGGCAAUAUUUUGAAAUUCUUGAUGGAUUAAUGCUCAAAGAUGGAUAUAUAUACAAAAGAGUUGCAAUAGAUUCAUUAAGCUUCUGGGGAGUCAUGCCUUCUGAAGAGGAGCAGCUGAAAUUCCAGCCUCCUGAGAAUGAUGAAUCUUCUGAAGUGGAAUGGCUCACACAGCUAUAUGGUGAUAAAAAGAAGAAACGGUCGGUAAAAUUUGAAAAAGCUGGUGAGAAGGGAGAGGGAUCAUCAGGUUCCAGUUCAACAAAAAAAUAUGAAUUGUUUGACCUUGUUUGUAUGGGCCGAAAAGAUUUUGGUCUAAUUGUGGGUGUUGAGAAAGAUGACUACAAGAUCUUGAAAGAGGGUGCAGAGGGACAUAUUGUGCAGAAUGUGGGUGUGCAUGAAAUAACUAAUGGACCCUUUGAAGGCAAGUUUACAGCAAUGGAUCAACAUAAAAAGCCCAUUUCAGUUAAUGAAACUGUUCGCAUUUUAGAUGGUCCACUAAAGGAUAGGCAAGGAAUUAUUAAGCAAAUAUACAGAGGCAUUAUCUUUAUAUAUGAUGAGAAUGAGUCGGAAAAUGGUGGUUAUAUUUGCUCCAAAGCACAGCAUUGUGAGAAGAUAAAGCUCUCUGUUGAUUCAUUCCCCGGAAAGGGUGGCGACCCUAGCCCAUUUGGUUUUGAUGAUCUGCCUUCAUCUCCUAAAUCCCCUCUAUCGCCUGAAAAACCAUGGCAAGCAAGGGAAAAUAAGCGGGACUUUAACCAAGGAGAAAGGGAUGGAUUCUCAGUUGGUCAGACCUUGCGAAUACGGGUUGGCCCGUUGAAGGGAUAUACUUGUCGUGUAAUAGGUGUACGCCGCUCUGAUGUCACAGUGAAGCUGGAUUCGCAGCAAAAAGUGCUUACAGUUAAAAGUGAGCACCUUGUUGAGGUUCAUGGAAGGAGCACUGCAACGUCAAUUAGGGAGGAGCCAGAUUCCGGUUCUGCAAAACCAUUUGAUCUGCUUGGAAAUGAAGGCUCUACAGAUUGGACUGGUGGAACUGAAACUUCAGCUAAUGAUGGGGGAUGGAAUUCUGGGGGUUCAUCUGCCCCAUGGAGUUCUUGGUCCGGUGUUCCUUCAUCAGGACUUUUGACAGAGAAUAAUUCUGCAGAUCCAUCUAGUUCCGGUAACGGUCCUAAAACAGAUGUGGAAGAUGAUGGCUGGGGAUCAAAAGUGGCUCCAAAACAAAAUUCUUCCUGGGGCACAUCUGCAGCUGAUAACCAAGUGGUUUCUGGUAAUGACCAAAGUGAUGGUUGGGGAAAGGAUGGAGACACUUGGAAUAAAGCUGGUGCAAAGGGCGGUACUAGCGGCAGUGGAUUGGACAGCUGGGGCAAUGCAAUUCUACAGAGUGGAGAUUCAUCUCUGCCUUCUAAGGAAGGUGGGGAGAGCUGGGCCAAUGCCACUGUAGUAUCUUGGGGAAAAAACAAUGAUGCAAAUAACAAUGAGGAUAAUAGUUGGAACAAACAAAAGGCUUCUACUGCUGAUGGAGGAUCUUCAUGGAAUAGUUGGAACAAACCAGGAGUUUCUUCAGGGGGUGAAGCAGCAGAUGGUUCUUCAAAAGAUGGAGAUAGCUGGGGUAAUGCAAACCAGAAAAUGAAAGCUCCCGUUGAUUCUUCUGGUGAGAAGACAAAGGAUGAAAGUGCCAGUUGGACAAACUGGAAAAAACUAGAUUCAUCCUCGGACAAAGGGAAAGCUGGUUUUGGUUCUGAUGAUUGGGGUAAAGGAGGAGGCUUUUCACAGGAAUCUGAACGUGGGAGUUCUGUGUGGAACAAACCAAUUGAUGGGUUUGGACUGGAUGGGAGUUCGUCUUUGAAUAAAGAUGGAGGUUCUUGGAAGAAACAAGAUGGAGGCUCUUCAUGGGGAAAAUCAACUGGCAACAAUGGAAAAGAUGGAGACUCUUCAUGGAGUAAGCAUGAUACAGGUUCUUGGAAUAAAACUGAUGCAGGUGCUUCCGGGGAUAGAGAUAGUGGGGGGUUCUCUUGGAAUAAACAAGAGGGAGGUCCUUCAUGGGGUAAAAGAGAUGAAGGUUCUUCAUGGAGCAAACAAGAUGGAGGCUCUUGGAAUGAUCAGCCUGGAGGAUCUAAACAAAAUGCAGGCAGCUCCUGGAAUGGAGGUAGUGGGGGUUCCGCUUGGAAUAAACAAGAUGGAGGUUCUUCGUGGAGUAAAUCAGCCGCUGGAACUGAUAAUGGAGGUAACUGGAAUAAACAAGAAGGGGAUGCUUCUUGGGGUAAAGGAGGAGGUUCAUCUUGGGGCGAGGGAGGUGGAAGUUCUUCAUGGGGUCAACAAACAGGGAGCUCUUUUGGGGACAAUAGAGGAGAUGAGGAUCAGGGUGAAACUUUUGGCGGAUCUGGUGGGAGAAGAGGUAGAGGUGGCCGAGGUGAUCGAGGUAGAGGAGGCCGAGGUGAUCGUGGUCGAUUUGGUAGAGGAAGAUCAUUUGACCGGGAUCAAUCUUCUGGAUGGAACAGUGGAGGUGGCUCAACGCCAGGAAGUGGUGGAUGGAGCAGUGGACGGAUUGGAGAAAGGAGUUCUUGGUCGUCUAAUCCUGGUGGUUAUAACAAAGGUGGAUCUGACAACCAGAACCAGAGAGAGAGUUGGAGCAAACCAAGUUCUUUUGGUGCUGAUGGAGGAUCUUCUUUGGGGGGAACACAAGACAAAGGAUCCUCUUGGGACAAACAAGGCGGAGGCUCAUGGAAAGAUGCUGGAGACAAUGAUUCAGGUUCAGCUGGAGCCUCUUGGGGAAAGGACAAGGAAUCCAGUGGUGCCUGGAAUACACCAAAGACUUCCCAUGGAGAAGGAGGGUCUUCGUGGAGCCACCCACAAGCUGGGGAUUUUUCAAAAAGUUCGGGUGAUGACAAGUGGCGUAAAGGGACGGGUUCUUGGGGGAAUAAUGAGGAUAAAGCGCAUAACGAGGGAGAAUGCAAGAAACCUGAGGGGGAAUCUUGGGGCAAGAAAAGGGACGACUUUGGAGCAUAUAACGCAACUGGUCCAUCGGGAGGCUGGAAGAAACCUGAGGACUCUUGGGGCAAGAAAAAGGAAGACUCUGGAUCAGAUAAUAAUUGGGGUAAUGCGAGCAGUGUCUCAGGAGGGGGGUGGAAGAAAUCUGAGGACUCCUGGGGCAAGAAAAAGGAUGACUCUGGAGCAUAUAAUGCAAGUGAUUUUUCGGGAGGGUGGAAGAAAUCUGAUGGGGAUUCCUGGGGCAAGAAAGUAGAGGACACUGGAGCAGAUGAUAAGUCAGGUAACACUGGUGAUUCCUCGGGAGGGUGGAAGAAACCUGGGGGGGAUUCCUGGGGUAAGAAAAUUGAGGAUGCUGGCACGGAUAAUAAAUGGGGCAAUCCGGGUGAUUUUUCCAGUGGUUGGAAGAAACCCGAGGGCGACUCCUGGAGCAAGCAGGCCGGUGGUGGCUCUUCCUGGAGCAGUGACAAGCAAGUUGGAGGGGACCCGUCUGAUACUUCGAGUGGGUGGAAAAAACCUGCUGGGGACUCCUGGAGCAAACAUGAUGCAGGUGGCUCUUCCUGGAAUGGGAAAAAAGACGGAGGUGGAGAUUCAUCUUGGGGAAGCACGCCGGGCAAUGGUGGCUCUUCCUGGAAUAGCACGAAGCAAGAUGAUGGAGAUUCUUCUCGGAAAGCAGGCGGGUCUUCAUGGAGUGGUGGCAGUGGAAGAGGAGAGGAAGGGUCCGGGGGUGGUUGGAAAGCAGAUGGUGGGUCUUCGUGGAACAGCGGAGGGGGAGGGUCUGGUGCUGGUUGGGCAGGUGGAGGUGGUGGUGGUGGUGGGUGGAGCAGGAACGGAGGUGAGGACCGGACAGGCGGCCGUGGUGGCGGUGGUCGUGGUUCCUGGGGCAGUGGCGGUGGAAGAAGGGGAAGGGGGGGCUCCGGUCGAGAAGGCAGAGACCAAUCCAUCGGAGGGAGGUCCUCGUCUGGCUGGGGACAGCAGACUUCUUCUCCGGCCUGGGGCUCUUAAUCCGUCCAUGUUCUGGGAUUUUUUUGGCUAGGAAAGCCUAGUUCGGUACUCGUAAUCAGCGAGCAUGGUCUUUAGUUGUAAACUUAUCGUAUCCGACUCUUUUCGAGACCUUUCUGAUUUGGUGCUGUAAUUAAGCUAAGAACCCUCAAGGAUGGCGCCUUUUUCUUUUUUGUAUCGGAUCAUCUUGUGCAGUGGACAUGUUUAUCAGUGUGCUUCCAUUUUGGCACGUUUUCUCAGUUAUUUGA